AUGGCUCGGCUUGUGGAGAUGCUCAUGGACAUUCCCCCGGUUUCUCGUGUUGCGGCAAUUACGGCUGCAUUCCUCUCUCUGGGCACAACGCUUCGCAUUAUGAAUCCGUUUCUUUUUAACCUAUCGUGGCCUGCGAUUAUUUACAGGGGCCAGCUGUGGCGCCUGGUCACGUCCUUCCUCUACUUUGGAGACUUCAGUAUAGGAGUCAUCUUCACCACCGUUCAGAACAUCUCCUACUUGAGGUCCCUUGAAAAGGAGACGUUUGCUGGCCGGCCAACAGAGUUCUUGCUCUUCUUGUUCUUUCUUUGGGCGUCUAUACUUCUCAUCAGUUUUAUCUAUUCUAUGUUUUACGUCACAACCCCAUUCUUCACAGGGGUCAUGUAUCUCUGGGGGCGGACGAAUCCCGACAAGCUAAUUAGUUUUUACGGGAUCAUCACCCUCCAGGCCUGUUACCUGCCCAUAGUGUUCAUAGUCAUAACGCUCUGGCAGAAGCAGAGCAUUAUCCCGCUCCUAAUUGGUGUGGGCCUCGGGCACGUCUUCUACUUCCUCUACGACAUUUGUCCGCGUGUGUAUGGCACGUCUCCGAUUCAGAAAGUAGCUCAGCGAAUUGAAAGACUCUUUAGGCGUUGA